AAUCCCGCUUAUUUGAAUUUAUAAAAUUCGCGCCAUUUCUAAACGUCAAGAACAUGUGUAAAUUUGAACUUAACCUAGUUGUGUGCAAAAUUUAAAAAUAAAAUUAAUAUUAAUUUUGAAUAUAUGUGACCAUUAACUAAAUAUGAGUGAAGCCGAAAAUGCUGAGAAAGACAUAAACGAUGUGUUCAAUGAUUUGCUCUUCUGCGAAGAAAGAAUAAUAGAAAAGUCCUACAACGAGGGGUUCGAGGAAGGCGCUUCGCAAGGUAAUGCAGAUGGUUAUCACUUAGGAUACCACAGAGGAGCAGAAUUUGGUGCUGAAGUGGGAUAUUAUUCUGGUGUUGUUGGGACAUAUCUGCACCACCUUGAAAACAAACCUGACACAAGUGAAAGAACUUUAAAAACUCUGAAACACUUGUCUGAGUUGAUAGAAAACUUUCCUCCAACUAACAAAGAAGAUGUAGACAUAAUUGAGCAAAUGAAUGAGAUUCGAGUCAAUUUUAAGAAGUUGUGUGCCCAAUUAAAGACUAAUUUGUCUUAUCCUGAGAUUGAUACUUUGUCAUUUUAA